AUUUACUAUGUUUUAUCUACAAAUAGAAGAUUUGUAUGUAUAUUAUUUGUUUGAACUAUAACGUUUGAAAACAUUGGAAAAAUAAGCAUACUCGAGUAAAGCCAAUCGAAUGGCAACAGUCGAAGAAUUAUUUCUCCUUUGACGAAACGUUUGCUCAUCUCUGAUUGCACACGACCAAGAAUAAUGACAGAAUGACGACAGAAUACGAGAGAAUAACAAAUAUUGUUCGAAGUCAAAUAAUAUUAUUUUCUUGUCGUCGUAUCAGUGAUAUUGGAAAACAUCGACAUUGUGAGCUUAUAUCUGAAGAUUAAAGCUUCUUAAUAGGUUCUUUGAUGGACAAUCAAUGUGUCUUUCCUUUUAUUGUUAUUGUAUGGAGGUGGUCACGAUAUUUUGUAAAAUUUAUAUUCCCGAAAGAGUCGGACAUAACCUAGAUUUUACCCAAAAACUAAAGGGCCAAUUUUGAUAUGGCGUACGGACGAGUCAUCAUACUCUUAUGUUUUAUUACUACAACGAUCCCUCCUAAUAUUGCGUCUCAACAAGUGCAAGAGAAUCACAAUACAGGACUUGCUUGUGAACAAGACGAUCCUCUUAUUAUUUUUUCUACUCUUGGUGGUGCAUUAGUGGGAGUUGGUCAAAGAUCUGGAGAAAUACGGUGGAAACAGGAUGAUGAACCACUUGUCAAAGUACCUACCGAUUUCCCUGAAACUACAAUGCCUAUGUUUCUACCAGAUCCAAAGGAUGGAUCAUUGUAUUUAUUUGGAACAGGUUCUGAAGCUCUUAAAAAACUACCAUUUACUAUUCCACAAUUGGUAGCUAAUAGUCCUUGUCGUAGUAGUGACGGUAUAUUAUAUACUGGUAGAAAAAUUGAUACAUGGUUUACAGUUGAUCCUAGAACAGGUAGAAGAGAACAAGUUUUAGGUUUUGAUAAAGCAGGCAAUACAUGUCCUGUAGAAAUGCAAGAUGUUAUUUUUAUUGGGCGCACAGAAUACAAUAUCAUAAUGGUGGAUAGUAAGCAGAAAGAUAGGAAAUGGAAUGUAACAUUUUAUGAUUAUUCUGCAGCAAAAAUGGAAAGCGAUGGAAGCGAAAAUUAUGAUCUGAUACAUUUUACUACUAGUUCAACAGGCCGAGUAGUAACUUUAGAUAGAAGGCAAGGCACAAUUCUAUGGCAAUUAGAUUUAGAAAGUCCAGUUAUAGCAACAUAUACAGUCACUAAGGAUGGCCUGUUAACUCUACCAUUCACAAGUGUUGCAGAAGGAACAUUAGAUAAUUUACUAGGGCAUUUUGUAACAAAACCAACUGAUAUUCAAUUGUUUCCUACAUUAUAUAUCGGACAACAUAGAUAUGGACUGUAUGCUUUACCAUCUUUAGUUGACUCAACAACUGCAACCAUAUCAAGUAAAGCAGAAUAUUUGUUGCUAGAAGGGCCAUUAACAAUUGCACAGAUUCAUAAAAAUGAUAAUAGAGUUCCUUUACCUGGGGAUCAUGUAGUCAUUGGAAAUAUCCAUAUUGCUCAUGACGGGUAUCAAAGUAUUACAAGAGAGAAGAGUAUUAUAGCAUUAGGUCAUUACAAAAUACCAGCAGAAUAUAAAUCUAAACAUCAACCACUUCAAAUUACUGGACGGUCUGACGUAAUUCAAGCAGAAACAUCAUCUUUGAAUUCAACACCAACACAUUUACCAACUACAUUAACUGAUAAUACCCCAAUAACUGGUAAUACAAUCCAAGAGGAAAAUUGGCAUAAAAUUUUAGCUGAAAGUUAUAGGGCGAGUAAAAAAUGGCUCAAUCAACAAGAGAACAAAGGAUUAAAAUUAGCACUUAUUAUUCUUAUUGGAUGUAUAGUUACAAUGUUUUGGUAUUUCAAUGCACAGUUUAAAGAAUUUCAACAGAUGUCACAGGGUUCACGUGAGAACAGUCGUACAAGCAGUAAUGGUAAACGUAAUAACAUUGUUAUUCUUGAAGAUAUGGGAGAAGGUCUAGUAAGAGUGGGAAAGAUUACUUUUAGUACUAGCGAAGUGCUAGGUAAAGGAUGCGAGGGUACAUUUGUAUAUAAGGGUGAAUUCGAUGGCCGUUCAGUAGCCGUUAAGCGAUUGUUACCGGACUGUUUCACGUUUGCUGAUCGUGAAGUAGCAUUACUUAGAGAAUCGGAUGAACAUCCUAACGUUGUACGAUAUUUCUGCACUGAACACGACAGAAUGUUUAGGUAUAUUGCUCUGGAGUUAGCAGAAGCUACUUUACAAGAUUAUGUAGCAGGAAGAUAUAACAGAGAAAAGAUAUCUGUGAAAAAUAUAUUACGACAGGCUACAUCAGGGCUUGAACAUUUACAUUUUUUAGAUAUCGUUCACAGAGAUAUCAAACCACAUAAUGUCCUUCUAUCGGUUCCCGGACCGCGAGGAGAAGUCAGAGCGAUGAUAUCAGAUUUUGGUCUUUGCAAAAAGUUACAGCUUGGUCGUGUAUCAUUUUCGCGACGUUCUGGUGUAACUGGGACAGACGGUUGGAUAGCACCAGAGAUGCUAAAUGGAGAAAGAACAACAUGCGCCGUUGAUAUUUUUUCUCUCGGUUGUGUUUUUUAUUAUGUUCUUUCUGAUGGAAAACAUCCAUUUGGUGAUCCCUUGAGAAGACAAGCCAACAUACUUUGCGGUGAAAGUAAUUUGACAGCGUUACAAGGAAUAUCGCAAAGUGAUAAAGAAUUAGCAUUGAAUCUUAUAAAAGCAAUGAUCUCUGAAGAUCCGUCAGAACGACCACCAGCUUUGGCAGUCUACAAUCACCCAUUAUUUUGGGAACCUAUCCAAAUACUUGGUUUCUUUCAAGAUGUCAGCGAUCGUGUUGAAAAAGAUCAAUCCGAUAGUCCAGCAUUGUUAGCUCUUGAAAGUGGUAACGAACGAGUCGUAAGAGGAGAUUGGAGAAUGCAUAUUGACCAUGAAGUUGCGACGGAUCUUCGAAAGUAUAGGAGUUAUCGAGGUGAAAGUGUUAGAGAUUUGUUAAGAGCAUUACGAAACAAGAAACAUCAUUAUAGAGAAUUAACGCCAGCUGCCCAACAAAGUUUAGGUGAAAUUCCUGACAAAUUUACGGAAUAUUGGCUCAGUAGAUUUCCGUAUUUAUUAUGUCACGUUUGGAUUACAAUGCAAAAAUUCCGUAACGAACCAAGUUUAAAACAUUACUACCAUGUACAAUAUAAUUUUGUUAAUCCUAGUGAGAUGGAAAACAAUGAAAUACAAGAAAAUCAAUUAAUUUCUAUGUCAGUAAACAAAAUACAAGAUAGGACUAUUGAUUGGAGUCCGAAUAGAAACAGAUAUCGCGGACAUAGGAGAAAACAAGAAAGAAAAAGAAUUAUCGAACCGUCGACAUGGAUAUUACCACCAAGUUAAGUAUUUUGUUAUCGAUUAGAAAUAUCUGUAUAUGUAGAUGGAGAGACUGAUUGUAAUACAAAAUGUUGGAAAUUA